AUGGACAAGUCGUCACUCCUAACAUUUGCUGCUGCUUCAGCAGCAGCGACUGGCGUUGCUUUAUCCCUGGCACAAACUGAUUUCGUUUCUCGCAAGUUUCUCGACUCCAAACAACUGGACGCGAAACGACGAUCCGAGUACAACUACCGAUGGAAGGCGGCCAUGGAAAAGGCGUACCUUCAAAUCAAUUAUACGCUAGCAGGGGGAAUAUCGGCCGUUCACAACAGCCCUGGUUUGAUCGACAAGCAAAUCGAAGUCAUUAGCGAUGAGACAGAAAUGGAAGGUUUGGCAAAACGAAUUGCCGCCAAAGACUCACAGUUCCGAUGCCUCAAGGUUGAUAGGGAUGCUCAAGACACCCAGGGUGAAUUCUAUCUCUUCUUGAUAGAUUGGGAAACAAAGUACCUUUAUCAGCUUCCCCUAAUGGCUUUCGGGACCGUACUGGCCGGAGUUUUUGAGGAUCAACUGACUUCAAACACUCUCUGUUUCGUUGCAGAUGCAUCAUCUGGGAAAGGCACUGCACUAUUGAAGGAGCUCGUGUUGGAAUCCAAAUCAGGAGUGGCGGUAGUAUCAGAACCCUUGUGGAUGGUUCAAUUGGCACGAUUGGUCCAAGCAAACUUGUAUCCAGCCGAAAAGAUUCAGAAGCUGUUCUUUGGUCUAUGUCGAAUGGAGGCUUGGUUCGUUCGGGACGAAUGCAAGGAGUCCAAAACUGUAAUGUUCACACUGCCAGGUCAGGCGUGCACAUCAACCUUGCUUCCACUUGCUCAAAAGACAUUUCCAGAAGACCGUCACGUAUUCGUUUAUGAUGGGUGUCAAGCUUCCAUUGAAUAUGCCAACAAUUGCAUUCGAAAGAAAUCUCGCGGAAAGGUCGCAAGUAGCUUGGAAAGCGUUCUAUAUGGCGCUUCUCAAGAUCCAAUCAUCCAUUCUGUUCCAUUGCCGUCAAACUCCCCCUUGUGCAAGUCAGUUUUGAAGCUAGUAAACAAAUUAUCGGACCUACCAGUUGAACAAGCACAAGUCGUGGAAUGCUGGAUGGGCAGCAUUGAUGCUUUCUUCAAGUUGAAGGAAGAGGAGAAGAAGAAUGGAUAUUUGCCAUAUGUGUUUAAGCUUCAGUAUUUGACAGAUGGUGCUGGGAAGUACGAAGACAAAAGCGCUUCGUAUUGGACUAUGUGUAGUAUCCUCCAGUUCAUUGCAGGUUCUCGAUCUCGACAGCUAUCAGAGGGUCUCAUUGACGCUGCAAGAGAAUUCAUGAAAGACUAUAACGAGAGAAUAAAAGGAGAGGGUAAAGGUUAUGUCCUUUCCAAGAACGAUGUGAAGAUAAUGGAGGAGUGUGUCUUUCUGCAUAAGAAAAUCUUGUUGGGAAACAAAACACUACAAGACACAGUACAACCUAAGCAGCACUGGACAUUGAAGGAAGCGUCGAAGAAAGGAGGAUGUGCUUGCUGUGGACCUGAAGAUGAUGACGAAGAGGAGGAAGAGCAAGGACGCGGACGUCCGGUUGGAUCACGCAUUGAUAUGAGUAUGCCCGGAGCAUUUGCAAUGCCUGGAGCACUAGGCAUGCCAUCGGGGACCAAACGAAAAAGCAAUAGCCCGACAGGUCGAAAAAAUUCCGAUAGCAAACGAGGAUAUGUUGACGGGAGAGCUGGAUUUGCGUUUGAUCCAUCCCGAUUUCAAUAG